AUUGGAAAGUUUCCCUUUAAAUGUGAGUAAUCUCCCUUUUGCCAGAACUUAAGAUGGCUGGCUUUGCUUCACACUGAGCCGUGUGACCUGUGAGUCAUGUGGCAGGCAUGUACAGUGGCUGAUGUUGAUACUCCUGCACUUCCUGGUGAAACAAUGAGUGGUUAUAUCAGCGACAGUGACAGAUCAAAGUUCAGAGCAAAAGGAUAUUAGAUCUGAGUCCCCGGCGUCUCCUCUCUGCGGGUGAAAGGGGGAUGGACUACCAGAAGAUAGCGGCUGAUGUGGCACAAAAGAUUUUGUUGUACAGCCAAGACACAACAGGGUGGAAAGUCUCCAAGUCUUCAAAAAAUAUAGUUGUCUCCUGGAAACCAUCGAAGGAAUACUCCGGAAAUAUAGCUCACAUAGGACAUCAUGUGAUUUAUUUUAUUCCCAGGAAUCCAGCACAUUCCAAACUUUCGGUUUUCAUCCAGCCAGAACUAGGGGGUUUGCUUCCUCGUUCACUGGUGGAAUCGGCUCUUCCAAACAACGUGUUCAAUCUCAUCAAGGAUACCAGAGAAGGACUUAAACAACUGUGAAGCAAUGACCAGACAGGGUAGACCUCACAGCGGGUGCAACAAGCAUUGCUUUUCUAGCUCCAGAGAAAUCUGUAUAAGGAGCUGUAUCAAAAUUUGAAAAUUCCUCUUAUUCACAGCAAAUUGUAUCUGUGAGAAACAUAGUGAAAUGUUUCUCAACUCUUUAUUUUACAUCCUCAGGUAAAUAUUUGACAAUUUCCAUAAGGUUCCCAUAAAUCUAAUGGUAAAGCAACUAAUUAUUUUAUAGAAAGACUUCCAUUCAAACGAUGAUGUGAAAAAUUUGAUCUGCUGGACCAGAGUGAUUUUUGUUUACUGGGACGCAUCAUGUGUGUCUAGAAAAUCAAGUUAUAUUUUACCGUUUCUUGAACGGGACAUCAAUAUUUGGAAAUUCAGUAGGAGCUAAAGGCAGCCCAUGUGGAAUUUGAACAUGAUGCUAAACAUACUAUUAUGUGGAGUUACAUAGAAAAUAGUCGAAACGAUCAUUGUGAGCAAAAAGCGGCAAAGAUAUAUACCCAAGGGAACAUAUCGCAUCUUCACACAUACAGCCGAAAUACCUCAAUGUCAGAUAAACAGUUGGACCUCAGCGACGUCAUAUGCACAAAAAUACACUGCUCACCUUCAGUUAGUAGCAGAGCAGAAAGCUACGCAUUCCUGUGUACUGCAGUCAUAUUGCACGGUGUUCAUUUGCACCUAGAGGGCAGAAGAAGGGAUAGGUUGUAGGGUUACCAAAACCAGAUAUGGUGCUUUACCUUUUUUAGGAUUGUAAAGGGAAUGGAAAAUACAAGGCAAUUAUGUAGCAAUGACAUUGCUACACUAUUAAACUGGAUGACAGUCCUUAUUUUAGCCCUACAGUGCGGACAAAGUCAGACGGCUUCAUUAUAGAGACUCAGAACAACCAACAGCAAGAACAUAAGGACUUUAGAUGGUCAUGCAUGUACUGAUAAAAUCCUAGCAUUUGAGGUUCAUGUAUGCUAUCCAACCAAUAUCGAUGUUCUAUGGAUAUCAGUUGGCUUGUCAGUCUAACAGGUUUUGAACGUUCAUGUUCAUAUGAACAAUGUCAACCUGCUUAUGGUACAUCAGCAGCUACUCCUCGGUUCUUGCAUUGAACUGGCUGUCGGCCAGAAUGAAUGAAACAAAUGAAAGUUUGCCUGUUGUACUGUAUCUGCCCAUUCAGACUGCAGGGCAUUUGGUCAUAUAUACUCAACUUAACUGUACGCACAGAACUUGUCCAUAUCACUUCUCUCAACUGGAUACUUUUCGUACGUGUCCCAGUUUUCCCAGACCUCCCAGGCAAGGAAAAUUAACACCAAAAAAUGAAAGUGUUUUAA